AUGUCCCGCGCUACUUUCUCAAUCGCUGUGGUUGCGACCGCUAUUGCCGUCGCGAACGCCCGUCCGACGUACGUCGCUCGCUUGCCGAACGGUGACAACGUGUCCGGUGUGGCCGCCCUAGGCCACACGAACCCCGACGGUGGAGGUGCCAACAACGACUUCGGCCUCGACUUCGCUAGCGCCGGUGAAUCGUGGACGACGGAAUUCUGCCAGCAGGACUCGGAUGGUGAUGGCCAGACCAACGGCCAGGAGCUCGGUGACCCGUGCUGCGAGUGGGCGCAGGACUCGAACGCCGUCGUGCGCUGGAGCGAGGGCAUCUCGCACCCGGGCGACUCGUCCUCCACGUCGGAUGAAUCGCUGUGGGCCGACGUCACCUGCGGCUCUUCUACCUCCAACUCGACGUCCACCACCACGGGCUCGGGAUCUAGCGCCAGCACUGUGGACGCGGGCUCGCCCACGACCACUGACGCGGAUGCCACCACGUCAGGUUCCACUACCGCGGCCGCUUCGAGCGACGCUGCUGCUUCGUCGUCGUCUAGUGCGGCUUCAGCUGUGACUCCGGCCAUGUACUCGGCUGUGGGUGUCGCCGCUACCAUCGUUGCCUUCUUCGUUUAA